CAAAAUAUUAACUGUUCAUCGUAAUUCGUAAAUCGUAACAGGUAAUGAAUAAGCACUUCUACUGUCUUCAAAAAGUAUAAUUCCUGAUCCUGAAUUUUUUUUAUAAAAAUAAUUAAAGAGUUCUUACUACAACUUAUCAAAAUGAGUAUCAUGGAUUAUAAUGGUGGCGCUUUAGUAGGAAUGAAAGGCAAAGAUUGUGUGGCUAUUGCUACUGAUAAGCGGUUUGGUAUUCAAGCUCAAACAGUUUCCCUUGAUUUUACAAAAGUUUUUCAAAUUAAUCCUCAUACAUUUGUGGGAUAUCCAGGUUUAGCUACAGAUAUAUUCACUGUACAUGAAAAAAUUAUGUUUAGAAAAAGGUUAUACGAAUUAAAAGAAAAUCGUAAAAUAUCUCCUAAAGCAUUGGCUUCGUUAGUUUCCAAUUUACUAUAUGAAAACAGGUUUUCUCCAUUUUUUGUUGAACCAAUGAUUGUUGCACUGAAUGAAGAAACACUGGAACCAUACAUGUGCGAUAUGGAUUUGAUAGGUUGUGUCAACAAGUCUGAUAACUUUGUAGUUGGUGGAACAAGUUCAAGUCAAUUGUAUGGUCUCUGCGAGGCUCUAUGGGAACCUGAUAUGGAAGAAGAUCAACUUUUCGAGACUAUCUCUCAGGCACUUCUUAGUGCUUGUAAUCGUGAUGCUAUAUCUGGUUGGGGAGCAAAAGUUUACAUUAUUAAAAAAGACAAGGUCAUAGUACGAGACAUCAAAACACGAAUGGAUUGAACACUGCUAGUAACAAUAAAAUUAAAAAAUCAAUUGAAAAUAUUUUUGGCUUGUUUUAUAACUUAAUAUUAUUAAUACUUGUAUGUACAUGAAUAAUAAAGGGGGAAAUAAAUACUACAUAUUUUAUAAUUUAUAGUUCAAUGAAAUUUAUUAAAAAAA